GCGAAGAAGCAGUGUGUUUGUCCCUCGCGGUGUGCCGUACCAGCGUGGCUCAAUGACAUUUGAACAUAGAGCUUCAUAAGAAGUGCAGAUUGUGCAUUUGUGCAGAUUUAUAAACAUGUCUGUGGGGUUUUUAUUCAGAUCUGUGUCUAAAGGAGCGACAAGGGCGUGCUCGGUGGGUCCGGUCCAGUCCUUACACUCAGGAUGUUCACUCUUUGCUGCAGAAAAAGCUCUUCUCAUGAAACUGAGGAAAAGCACUGGUUACACGUUCACAAACUGUAAAAAGGCUCUGGAGAAGUUUGACAACGACAUCACACAGGCUGAGUCGUGGCUCCAUGAACAGGCCCAGAAGGAGGGCUGGAGCAAAGCAAACAAACUGGAGGGACGCAGGGCCAAAGAGGGGCUGGUCGGCGUGUUUGUGGGAGACAACGACGCCGUCAUGGUCGAGGUGAACUGUGAGACAGACUUUGUGGCUCGUAAUGAGAAGUUCCAGGAGCUGGUGAAGGCUGUCGCUUUUGCCACUUUGGCUCAUCACAAAAACAAAACUCAAAAUCAGAACGGAUAUGUCAAGAGUCUUAUUGGAGGAGAGGAUUUGAAUAAACUCACUCUCACUGAAGGAGUCACACUCGCUGACCACGUGGCUUUUGUAAUCGGGCGUCUGGGUGAAAACAUGUCGCUGAAGCGCGCCGUGAGUCUUGGCGUUCCCCAGGACUGGCACAUCGGCUCCUACGUGCACGGAUCGGUUCCCGGGCAGAUGGAGGUGGCGAUGGGGCGGUAUGGAGCUCUGGUGGUGUUCCAGGGGGGUCCGGCUGGAGAGCAGGGGGCUUUGGGGCGUAAACUCGGGCAGCACGUGGUCGGAGAGGCCCCUGUGGCUCUGGGGAACAUGGAGGAUCUGUCGUGUGGGGAGGGGGAGACUAGACUUUUAGCGCAGACAUUUUUGGCCGACCCGAGCCGUACCGUAGCGCAGUUUUUGAAGGGGAAGCAGGCUCGAGUGCUGGACUUUGUGAGGUUUCAGUGUGGGGAGAGUCUAGGGGACGAAGGACGAUAAAAACUCAAGACUUUGAGUUAGAUCUGCCACUUUACUGUAUAAAUAUGAAUUCCAAUGUAUAGGUCAAUUUAAUGAUCAAAACUAAAAUAACUUAAAUAAAUUACCGUAUGUUUUCAGUGGAAGCCCUCAUGUGUUUAUUUUAGUUCUGAUUUAAAGCUACAUUGAGUAACUUCUGUUGGACGGCCUGGAAUGCUACAUAGUAUGGCAAUAAAAUGAUAAAUCGCCAUGGAGACAAGCAGGUGAUGCUGACGGGCCUCGUAUAGGUCAGUGCGAGUGAGUGUUAUUUUUCAGAAAUUAAAACACUUGUAACUGAAUAAAUGCAAGAUAGAUACGUUUAAUGCAAUACUCCGGAACAUUCAAGGCAAAUAAGUGACAUCUCAAUGGAAAAAAAAGUGGAUCGCAAAUGGGGACAAUAAAAGUAAAUUUUCCAUAAUGUUUAUGUGGUGUUUUCAUGAAAAUAAUCCAAAAGAGAAUUACACGAGUGUUGAACCUUAUAAUUCAUAUUUGUGAUUUUGUCUGCAAAUUAAAGCAAUACCUUGUAACUUUC